AUGCAACUUCCUAUCUUUGCUGUAAUCAUCCCUUUAUUGUCUUUGACAUAUGCGCAAGGAAAUUGGAACUGCAAAAACUCCGAUGAUCCUACUUAUAGAGAUAAUCCAAUGAUCUAUAACAGUGCUCCCUAUGGCCUUUGCGUAAAUGAUGCUGGCUUAGGUUUAUUAGCCCACCGAUGCACUUCUGUAAGAUGA